AUGACCUACGACCAAUUCCUCAUUGUCGACUGCCCAACGGCAUACAACGUCAUCGUAGGGCGAACGACACUCACCAGGGUCAAAGCCCACUUAUCCCCUCACAUGUUGCUGAUGAAGUUCCCUACAUGCAGUGGCACGGGCGUCAUCCCGGGUGACCAGCUCAGUGCCCGGACGUGCUACGCCAUAGCCCUUAAAUCGGUAGCUUGCAAGCUGCCAAUGGAACCCAUGACCGUGCAGGGACUACCGAAUGGUAGCGGGCCCAUUGAUGACCCCAGGGAGGAAACGCCAACGCCAGUGGCGCAGCCUGCCGAAGAGCUCGAAACCGUGGUGGAGGUCUUCGCCUGGUCUUAUGACGAUAUGCCCGGCAUAUCACCUGACGUCAUCAGCCAUAAGCUCAGCAUCUCCACCGCCCACAAACCGGUCAGACAGAAGCGCCGCUCAUAUGAUGCUGAACGGUACGAGGCGAUGCGUGCCAAAGUUGACAAGCUCAAAGCUAUCGGCUUUAUCAGGGAAGCUACGUACCCUGUGUGGCUUGCCAACUCAGUCAUGGUUCGGAAGGCCAAAGGAGGAUGGCGGAUGUGUCAGGACUAUACCGACCUGAAUAAGGCUUGA